GAACAGGUACACGCUGUAUAUAGACGUGAGCGUCCUUGGCUGGUUGCAUGCUGACAUGGAUAUCUCAUUCUUUCUGGUUGUCUGUGCACUCCUGGCUGGCUCGGAAGCAACGUCCGAGCCAUGCAGGCUGUGUUCGGAGAUAUGUCAAUGCGCAAGUGAAACGGAAUGCUGGCCAUGCCGGUGCAUCAGCUGCCCAUUACCAACACGACCACCCAACUUGUGUCCGUCGUUACCACAAUGCGCGGCACAAUCGGAACUGGAUUGUAAACAGGUAGGCGGAUGUAAUAUCUGCACAUGCGUCUCUCAGCACCUUAGUAGAUCAACACCGACGAUUUGCCCACAACUGAAAUGUCCACCUUGUGAACACGGACAAAAGAUUGUUGACGGUUGCCCGACAUGCGAAUGCAAUCCUGGGUGCCCUUUGCGGAAGUGCCUACCAUGCAAGUAUGGAUACCAGAUUAAAGAUGGAUGCCGGUCCUGCGAGUGCAAGCGUUCUCCUAUCUGCCCUGCCAUACGAUGCGCCAGGCCAUGUCAAUACGGUCAAAGGGAAAUAAAUGGAUGUCCGUCUUGUGAAUGCAACCCUCCAUCAGUUUGUCCACUCGUUAAAUGUAUACCGUGUGAAAAUGGUUACAAGGUAAUAAACGGUUGUCAGUCUUGUGAGUGCAAGGCGGAACCACAGUGCCCUGCCAUUCGAUGCGCCAGACACUGUCAAUACGGUCAAAGGAAAAUAGAUGGAUGUCCAUCUUGUGAAUGCCAGCGGGCGCCAUGCCGCAAACUGAGGUGUCGUAGACGAUGUCACUUUGGAUAUGCAAGCAACAAGAGAGGGUGUACCACCUGUCGCUGCAGGAGAGUACCAACACGACCACCCAAUUUGUGUCCGUCGUUACCACAAUGCGCGGCACAAUCGGAACUGGAUUGUAAACAGGUAGGCGGAUGUAAUCUCUGCACAUGCGUCUCUCAGCGGUGUAUCCCUCGGCUGUGUCACCUUUUUCUGAGAUGUCAGUUCGGAGUAGCGGAGGACAGUAAUGGCUGCCCAACCUGCGGAUGUAGAUCAACACCUCCGACGAUUUGCCCACAACUGAAAUGUCCACCUUGUGAACACGGACAAAAGAUGGUUGACGGUUGCCCGACAUGUGAAUGCAAUCCUGGGUGCCCUUUGAGGAAGUGCCUACCAUGCAAGUAUGGAUACCAGAUUAAAGAUCGAUGCCGGUCCUGCGAGUGCAAGCGUUCUCCUAUCUGUCCUUCGAUACGAUGCGCCCGACUGUGUCAGUACGGUCAGAGGGAAAUAGAUGGGUGUCCAUCCUGUGAAUGCAAUCCUCCAUCAGUUUGUCCUCUCGUUAAAUGUAGACCGUGUGAAAAUGGUUACAAGGUAAUAAACGGUUGUCAGUCCUGUGAAUGCAAGGCGGAACCACAGUGCCCUGCCAUACGAUGCGCCAGCCCAUGUCGGUACGGUCAAAGGGAAAUAGAUGGGUGUCCAUCCUGUGAAUGCAACCCUUCAUCAGUUUGUCCACUCCUUAAAUGUAUACCGUGUGAAAAUGGUUACAAGAUAAUAAACGGUUGUCAGUCAUGUGCGUGCAAGGCGGAACCACAGUGCCCUGCCAUACGAUGCGCCAGGCCAUGUCAGUACGGUCAAAGGGAAAUAGAUGGAUGUCCAUCUUGUGAAUGCCAGCGGGCGCCAUGCCGCAAACUGAGGUGUCGUAGACGAUGUCUCUUUGGAUAUGCAAGCAACAAGAGAGGGUGUACCACCUGUCGAUGCAGGGGAGGCUUCAGGGGCUAGGGGAUCCAGCGAGAACAGUGACAGAAGGGCGAUCCUGCUUUUGAAAUUAAAAUCGUGUGACAUCAA